UCCCUGUUUGUUAUUCCGGUGUCCGCCUGCAGGGGGCGCCACGCAAAGCUCCGUGUAUUAAAGCGGAGCAUCAGCCGAUGCAUCAGGCUAACAGGCAGCACCAUGGACGGCUGCCGGGCGGCUGCAGCCGGGGCUCUCCGCCUCGCAGCGCUCUCCACCCGGACCCAGGGACCGCUGCGGCUCGGAGCCGGAACCAGAACCGGAACCUCGGUCUGGGCUCAGAGGAGCCUGAGCGAACCGGCGGCCGCAGAGCCGCGGAGGAGGCUGAAGAGCGCCGCGGAGCUUCCGGGACCCAGUUGGUUCACCACCUUGUACUGGCUGUUCAUCAGGGGCUACGGAGCUAGAGGACACCUGCUGCAGUGCCUCCAGAAGCGGCGGUACGGCCCCAUAUGGCGGUCCCGGUUCGGUCCGUUCCAGCUGGUGAACGUGGCGAGUCCGCGGCUCAUCGCCCAGGUGAUCCAGCAGGAGGGCCGGUACCCGGUCCGGGUCGAGCUGCCGCACUGGAAGGAGUACCGGGACCUGAGGGGGCAGGCGUACGGCCUGCAUGUGGACUCUGGGCCGGAGUGGCACCGGAUCCGCAGCGUCCUGAACCCCAAGAUGCUGCGACCCAGAGAGGUGUCGGCCUUCGCCCCCGUGGUCCAGACCGUGGUGGACGACCUGCUGGCCCGGCUGGAGCUGCUGCGCCGCCGCAGCCCCGACGGCGCCACCGUGCCCGACCUGGCCGCCGAGCUCUACAAGUUUGGCUUUGAAGGUAUUUCUGCCGUCCUGUUCGAGACGCGCCUCGGCUGCCUGCAGGAGGAAAUCCCUGCCGACACGCUGCGCUUCAUCGCCGCCGUCAACGACAUGCUGACGCUGUCCGACCAGGUGGUGCUGCUGCCGCGCUGGAGCCGCGGGCUCCUCCCCUUCUGGGGACGCUUCGUCCAGGCCUGGGACGACCUCUACGGCGUAGCUCAGAAGCUGGUGGACAGGCGGAUGGCGGAGCUGGCGGCGCAGCCUGGCGGCGGCGGCGGCGGCGGUGAGGGGAUGUUCCUGACGUACCUGCUGUCGUCUGAUAGGCUGAGCAGAGGCGAGGUUUACAUCAGCGUGACGGAGCUGAUGCUGGGCGGCGUGGACACGACGUCCAACACUCUGUCCUGGGCUCUGUACCACCUGGCCCGGGACCGACCCGCCCAGAACCGGCUGCAGGCCGAGGUCGACGCCGUCUGCCCCGACCGCCAGCCGCCCGGCGCGCCACACCUGGCCAGGAUGCCCUACCUGAGGGCCGUCGUCAAGGAGACGCUGCGCCUGUAUCCGGUGGUGCAUGGAAACGGACGGCUGGUGUCAGAGAACGAGGUGGUGGUGGACGGGUUCUGGUUCCCUAAGAAGGUAGGAGGAGGAAGAGCUGCAGCAGCCGCCUGUCUGUCUGUCCCUCUGUCUGUCCUCACUGCCUGUCUGUCCCUCUGUCCCCUGCAGACUCAGUUCCAUCUGUGUCACUACGCUGCAUCCCACGAUGAGGUGGAGUUCACGGCGCCGGAGGAGUUCCUGCCGCAGCGCUGGCUGCAGCAGGAAUCUCCCAGCAGCCACAGCGGCAGAGCCACGCCCGGUUUCUACCACCACCAUCCUUACAGCUUCAUCCCGUUUGGCGUCGGCGUGAGAGGCUGUGUGGGCAAGAGGCUGGCAGAGAUGGAGAUGCACCUGGCUCUGUCCAGGGUGAUGCAGCACUAUGACGUUCAUCCUGAAGUGGACUCUCCUCUCGUUGAGCCUAAAACCAGAACUCUCCUGAUCCCAUCCAGACCCAUCAACCUGCGCUUCCUCCCCCGAGCCUGAAGGUGGCAGCACUCGCUCUCCUCCUGCUUUCUGAAACCGUUUACAGCUUCUUCAUGUUCUGCAGUCAGUCUCAUCAGGAAGUAGAAAAUCACUCCACAGAUUCAUCAUGUUGAUGUUCAGGAAGAUAAAAACAUAAAAUUAGUUUUUGGAUCAGUUUAUAAUAUUUUAGCAGGGCCUGUUAGUUGUUAUAGCGCCCCCUGAAGGCCAAAUAUCACCACGUUCACCUGCUGGAGAUAAUUACAGCACACAUUUAAUAAUAAAGUAACAGAUUUUACAUGAAAUUAUACAAACUAAUAAAUGACAGGAAUGCAAAGA